CUCGAGGUCCGAGGUCAGGGCCUGGGCCUAGGUCUGCUCCAAGCACUAGCUCCCUGGGUCUCCCCACUUCCACACUCAUGGCGGCCUGGUCGUUAACCCCUUCCCUCCACUCUGCUCCGCCGAGUUGGAAUGUGUGGACACAGUCCAGGUGCCCGGCUCACCUGCCCCCGCAGCACCCCCCGGCCUCCUGCACAGGCAGCCCCUGCUUCCACCUCCCGAGACAUUAGCCGGGGGAGGGGAGAGGUUCAUGGCCCAAGGAGCUAGAGAUGAAGAAAUUAAUUCACUUCCUAAAAUCUCACUCCGUCUCCCCUGCUGCUACGUAACAGGCUCCUCUAGCUCCUGCUGCACUUGGGUUACCUCCCAGCGGCCGCCUCCCGAGUCCCAGGUGCCUGCCGGUACCACGGCCCCCAGCACGGUACCCAUCCCAGAAGCUCCCCCUGGGACCCCCGAGGCCUCACACUGCGGGAAGUGAGCACAGCUCGGGUCCUGCUCCCUCACGCACAGCACCUGCUCGGGGGUCCCUGGAACCAGGCAGCCCUGAGCUCCGGGAUGGAGCCCGAAGCAGUGCUGUGGGGCCCGGAUCUGCGGGGUCCUGAAGGGAGCCCCGGCGAUGCUCACAGAGGUGCCGAGAGUGGGAACGAAGAGGAGAGCCCUCAGCAGGAAAGUUCUGGGGAGGAGAUCAUCUUGGGCGAUCCAGCUCAGAGUCCAGAAUUCAAGGACCCACCAGAGAUGCCCCCGGAGAGGCCCUCCCAGGACCCCUCAGCCCCCCAGGACCCCCCCUCUCCCCUGGGUCACCCCCACCCCCUGGACCACCAGACUCCUCUUGACCCCCCAACCCCGGAGGUAGUCCCUACCCCGUCUGACUGGACCAAGGCCUGUGAGGCCAGUUGGCAGUGGGGGACCCUGACCACAUGGAACAGCCCCCCGGUGGUCCCUGCCAAUGAGUCCAGCCUGCGGGAGCUGGUGCAAGGCCGCCCCUCCGGGGCCGAGAAGCCCUAUAUCUGCAACGAGUGCGGCAAGAGCUUCAGCCAGUGGUCCAAGCUGCUGCGGCACCAGCGCAUCCACACGGGCGAGCGCCCCAACACCUGCUCCGAGUGCGGCAAGAGCUUCACGCAGAGCUCGCACCUGGUGCAGCACCAGCGCACGCACACGGGCGAGAAGCCCUACAAGUGCCCGGACUGCGGCAAGUGCUUCAGCUGGAGCUCCAACCUGGUGCAGCACCAGCGCACGCACACGGGCGAGAAGCCCUACAAGUGCACCGAGUGCGAGAAGGCCUUCACCCAGAGCACCAACCUCAUCAAGCACCAGCGCUCGCACACCGGCGAGAAGCCGUACAAGUGCGGCGAGUGCCGGCGCGCCUUCUACCGCAGCUCCGACCUCAUCCAGCACCAGGCCACGCACACCGGCGAGAAGCCCUACAAGUGCCCCGAGUGCGGCAAGCGCUUCGGCCAGAACCACAACCUCCUCAAGCACCAGAAGAUCCACGCGGGCGAGAAGCCGUACCGCUGCACGGAGUGCGGCAAGAGCUUCAUCCAGAGCUCGGAGCUGACCCAGCACCAGCGCACGCACACCGGCGAGAAGCCCUACGAGUGCCUCGAGUGCGGCAAGAGCUUCGGCCACAGCUCCACCCUCAUCAAGCACCAGCGGACCCACCUGCGCGAGGACCCCUUCAAGUGCCCGGUUUGCGGCAAGACCUUCACGCUGAGCGCCACGCUGCUGCGGCACCAGCGCACGCACACGGGCGAGCGGCCCUACAAGUGCCCCGAGUGCGGCAAGAGCUUCAGCGUCAGCUCCAACCUCAUCAACCACCAGCGCAUCCACCGCGGGGAGCGGCCCUACAUCUGCGCCGACUGCGGCAAGAGCUUCAUCAUGAGCUCCACGCUCAUCCGCCACCAGCGCAUCCACACGGGCGAGAAGCCCUACAAGUGCUCCGACUGCGGAAAGAGCUUCAUCCGCAGCUCCCACCUCAUCCAGCACCGUCGCACCCACACGGGCGAGAAGCCCUACAAGUGCCCCGAGUGCGGCAAGAGCUUCAGCCAGAGCUCGAACCUCAUCACGCACGUGCGCACCCACAUGGACGAGAACCUGUUCGUGUGCUCCGACUGCGGGAAGGCCUUCCUGGAGGCCCAUGAGCUGGAGCAGCACCGGGUGAUCCACGAAAGAGGGAAGACACCGGCCCGGAGAGCGCAGGGAGACACGCUGCUGGGGCUCGGGGACCCCGCCCUGCUCACCCCGCCCCCUGGAGCCAAACCACACAAGUGUCUUGUCUGCGGAAAGGGGUUCAACGACGAGGGCAUUUUCAUGCAGCACCAGAGGGUCCACAUCGGAGAGAACCCCUACAGAAAUUCCGACGGCCUCGCCGCACACCCAGCCCCCAAGCCUCCUCAGCUCCGACCUCCCAGGCUCCCUUUUGGGGGCAAUUCCUACCCAGGUGCUUCCGAGGGCAGAGCUGAGGCCCUAGGACCGCCCCUUAAAGUGCCCGAGGGGCAGGAGGGCUUCAGCCAAAGGCUGGGCCUGCUCUCCUCCAAGUCCUACAUCUGUUCCCACUGUGGGGAAAGCUUUCUGGAUCGGGCUGUGCUCCUCCAACACCAGCUCACCCACGGCAACGAGAAGCCCCUUCUCUUUCCUGAUUAUAGGAUUGGCUUAGCAGAAGGGGCAGGGCCCAGUCCCUUCCUAAGUGGAAAGCCCUUUAAAUGCCCUGAGUGCAAAAAAAGCUUUGGGCUCAGCUCUGAGCUGCUGCUGCACCAGAAAGUCCAUGCAGGUGGGAAAACGCAGAAGAGUCCAGAGCUGGGCAAGAGCUCCUCCGUCCUCCUGGAGCACCUCAGGAGCCCCCUGGGGACCAGACCCUACAGCUGCUCAGAUUGUGGGGCCUCCUUCCUGGAUCGCCUGGCCCUCAUCCGGCACCAGGAGACACACACCCAAGAAAAGUCCCCCAGACCGGAAGACCCCCUUCCAGAGCCAGACACCCCACCCCCAAGCCAGGAAGGUGAAAGGGAGGCCCCCGCACCCGCAGGGAGCAGCAGCCCUGGGGAAGGGGAAACCCCCAAAACUCUCUCGGAAGAAAAGCCCUAUCUGUGCCCCGAGUGUGGAGAUGGCUUCACAGAGGUCGCAGCCCUCCUCCUCCAUAGGAGCUGCCACCCAGGGGUUGCCCCGUGAAAUGGGUCUGGAGGCCGGGGCCUCUCUCUCCUGAGAGGAACACUAGAUCUCCCCAAAUAUUGUACGAGAAAAGAAAGAAAACCCUAUCAGAUUGUAGACGUGUGGAGGAUAAAGGACCCCGGGUAAAAAUAGUGCUUUUAUAUCAGUGGUAAGAAACCCUAUAAAUUGUUGGUGGGAACCACUUAUAAUGCAGUAGAGAAAAACCGUUGGGUUAGAAACCCUAUAAAUAUGUAGGAAAAAAAGCCCUUUAAGUCUGUAGCAGAAGAUCCCUAUAAACUAUAGUGGAUAAAAGCCCUAUUAAUUGUAGGAUGAGGUCCCGUAUGUCUCUAGACAACCCUAGAAAACUGUACUGAAACCCUUGUAAAACUGUAGGGUCGGGGAAGUGCAGGGACUAUAGCAAUGGCAUUGACUUGGGAGCAGGGACCCUCGGAAGGUGUGAGAGAACCUCCCGUGAACUUGUUCAGCAGUGUCCUCUCCUCCUGGCGUGUGGGAGGGGCUCACCCCAGACGCCUUGGACAGUCACCCUGAGUAAAAUGUGGGGAUUGGAAAAGGAAGCAAACAAAGACAGGACAAAAAUAAGUGAUGAAGAGCCCUCAGAUCCACAGAGGAGAAAUGACCCAGGAACUAGGACGAGAAAGUCCAGCUCAUUGCACUGGGGGUUCCUCGGGGUACAAGGCCAAUCCCAGACAGAUUGUGUGUUAAGAGGUACAGGCCCAUGGAAUUCCUUAGCAGAAAGAAGCCAAAAAUGGGGAAGGAAAAAAAUGCGACGUUGAGCCUUUUAAAGGCUGAUGUUUGGGGUGCAUAUAACUUUAAGUGUAAGAAUACUGGGGAACCACCACAA